AAAAACAAAACAAAACCGAAUUUCUCUGUCAUAAUCCUCAACAACAAACUGAACGAGUAAAAAAAACACACACACACAGAAAACAAAAAAGUGAAUUCCCCAUUCUUGCAUCCUCGCGUUUCAAUCGGGAAAAUGGAUCUCAUCUCCAUCCUCGCACCCUCUUCUUCUACAAUCUGAACCACGACGAAUGAUGCCCCCGAUUGAUUACAGACACCGCCUUUCUAUCCAUUACCAGGUGAUCAUCGAUCGAUGUCGCACUCGCAGCAGCCGUGCGCGGCGUGCAAGCUGCAGAGGCGGAAAUGCACGCAGGAGUGCAUCUUCGCCCCGCACUUCCCGCCCGACCAGCCGCAGAAAUUCGCCAACAUCCACAAGGUGUUCGGCGCCAGCAACGUGGCCAAGCUGCUGAGCGAGCUCCCGGCCACGCACCGCGAGGAGGCCGUCAACUCCCUGGCCUACGAGGCCGACGCCCGGCUCAAGGACCCGGUCUACGGCUGCCUGGGCCAGAUCUCCAUCCUCCAGCACCGCCUGAAACAGCUCCACAUGGAUCUCGACGCCGCGAAGCAGGAGCUCGUCAAGUACAUGGGCCCUCAGGCCCAUCACUUCCCUGCUCUCAUCCCAAACACCACCAACAACAACCACAACAACUCUGCUUUCCCACAAAACAACAACAACAUGAUACACAUGGUGGGAAUUCCCGCGGCUCAUCACCAGCAGCAGCAGCAGCAGAGCAGCAGCAGCAACAACAACAACAACAGCGCUCAGCAGAUCUACGAGGCACAGCUGCUGGCGACGGAGCUCGCGGCGAGAGAGCAGCAGGAGAUGUUCAGGGCGUACGAGCAAAACCAACAACGUCAUCAUCAUCAUAUCAAUCAUGAUCAAGAAGUGAUUGGGUUCGGGAGUGGUGUGAUUAGUGAAGAUCAUCAUCAUCAUCAUCAUCAUGUUGGGGAUAAUUCGAUUCACGAUGGGUUUGACAACGAGAUUAGCGGUGUUGGUGGGGAUGUCGAGCCGUGUUUGGCCCUUGGAAGCAUGGAUGGACGAGGGAGUUAUGAACACGGCCAAAACCAUCAUCAUCAUCAUCAUCAGUCUCAAGUGGAGAUUCCUGCUCAGGAACAACUGUUCUUUCAACUGGAGCAAGCUCGCCGUGUGCGGCGUGCAAGUUCCUGCGGCGGAAGUGCACGCCGGAGUGCGUCUUCGCCCCUUACUUCCCGCCCGACCAGCCGGCGAAGUUCGCCAGCGUCCACCGCGUCUUCGGCGCCAGCAACGUCGCCAAGCUGCUCAACGAGAUCCCCGCCGCGCAGCGAGACGACGCCGUCAACUCCCUCGCCUACGAGGCGGAGGCCCGGCUCAACGACCCGGUCUACGGCUGCGUCGGCUUCAUCUCCAAGCUCCAGCACCGCCUCAAGCAGCUCCAAUUGGACCUCCACCUCGCCCGGCAGGAGCUCGCCAAGUACAUCGGCCCUCACGCCCUGCUCCCUACUUCCUCCGAUUUCGCCGCCCCAAAUUACCCCGGAAACCCCUCUGCUUCAGGCCUCUUGA